AUGCCCUCCUACCACAUCACCGAGCCCCACCCCUCCGCCUCCGCCUCCGUCUACUACGGCCGCGGCGGCGCCGGCAACGUAACCCGCAUCCCCAAGAACGUCACCUCAGGCCCCGACGCCAGCGGCCCAGCCUCCCGUGUGAAGCUCAGCCCACCCCCCUCCAACGCGCUCUUUACCAGCGGCCGCGGCGGCGCAGGCAACAUCCACCGCGAAAAGGAGCGCGCCAUGUUCUCCUUCGACGAGGAGCUCGCGCAGCAGGAGCGCCUCCGCGAGCACGCCGCCCCCGUGUACCACAUUGGGCGCGGGGGUGCGGGCAACCUCGUUGAAGAGCGCGGGAAGACGAGCCGUCAGAACAGCGCGAGUUCGAGUGGAAGUGUGGAGUCGGAGAGGGGCGUGAGGGGGAGUAUCGAGGGGGCGUGGAUGAAGGUUUCGAGGUCCUUCUCCCGCAACUAG